AUGGCUGCUUCAGGGCUUAACCACGCGGCACCCCGCCGACGGCCUGGGUCGUGUCCGCCCUCCACACGGCAGCGCCACUGCAACGAGACGCUGUACGCGACUCACAGACAUGUGUCAUCCCCGCACUACUCCUUCAACCCUGAGGCACUUAUGGCGAAGUCCAUCCGCCAGCAACUCGAGGGCCUGUACAGAGGUCUGAACGUCGACGCCAGUCUACGCCAACAUCCGAGCAGUGCGUCGCAGGCACACCGCGGCAGAUCGACGAACGGAAAGCAGCACGGAAGCCGUAGUCGACCGCGGCUGAGCAUGGCACAGGCCAUUCCGGGUGCGAAGAGGGGCGAUUCUUCCCUCUCUCACACACAGCUGUCAACGCCUUGCUCAAGCCACCUCGUGGCGUCGCUGUCUUCUCCCCAGCCGCAGCGGCCGCGCGGAGCUACGGCAGCGGCAAUCUCGCACCUGACGUCAACCCUCCCUGCACCGUCACAGCCCCCCGCAUGGUGUAGGCAGCGCCGCAAAGAGGAGCUCAUCGAAAGCGAACUUGAGCCGGUGCCGAACCUCGUUGGACUCAGCGACUACUUGAUGAGGCGCCUUCACUUCGUCUACCGACCGCAUUCAGCGUGCGGCGGAGAGCCAAGCGCAUCCACUGCACACCUGUACAGCGGUGGUCAUGAUCUCGACAGCGCGAGUAGUCACUCCCGUACCCGAGGGACAUCGAAGUUGCCACGCUCGUCCAGUUCGACGACGGCAGGCCUCCUACACAGCCCCAGUAUUCGCCGUCCUACACUUCCGUUCGGUGUUCUUCCGACCUCCGUCGUGCGCAGGCGUGCGGCAGGAUUUUCCGGCGAGUCAAAGCCGUCCCAGCGCACUGACAGUAGUGCACCAGCGGCGGACCACAGUCGCGGGGUGGACGGCGCACCGUCGUCUCCUGGGGAGGCGGCGGGUGGCGUAUACGCAGGCGAGCCAUCAUCAAGCAGCAGGAACAGCGCAUCCACCUUCUCCCUAGACAGCCAGGACGUUUUCUUCGACGAGGAUCCGCUCGCGACGCAGCUGCUGCAGGGACCAGAGGCUGCGAAGUGUCCUGCAACAACUCAAAAACCCGCCCCCGAACAGACAGCACGAGUGCAUGCGAGGGCCGACGGCCAGGCGGCCUCUGGCACGCGAGCUGCGACGGCGCUGGAGCCGCUCGUCGUGGAGAGUCUCUCGUCCUCCGCUGUGCAGGAUGCACUAGUGCCGUGCGCACCCGAGACCCCAUCAGACCCUGUGACUUCCUUCAGCUCGUUUCCCACCGAUCCGGCAUCAUCCGCUGCUGCUGAGCAGCCUGUCGCACCAGCGACGCCACAGCCACCUUCAAGGAGUACACGCUUUUUUUGCAGGCGAUCGGCCAGUUCCUGGCACCGCUGCCGCACCAUCGACGACUUGCUUCAGAAGCUGCUGCGUCUUCGUGCUCAGUAUGAGCGCGCGAGGCAUCAGGGGCAUGGUCCCUGCGGUCUGUGCGACAAGAGUUUCCGGGAACCGCCACUUUAUGCGCGCAGCAGGGGCGCCGCGAUACAAGGCGAACGCUUCUCGUCCUUCUCUACCUUAACUGCGACGGAGCGCCCGCACAGUCGCCUUGGCCGCACCCAGCAGCACGGACGGCAGCCGCACACUCGACCACCUGCGCACGCUUCGGAGCGCAGCGGCCUUUGCAGCGACUGCGGGCUCUCCACACCCCACCUUCGCAGCGCUGUCGACGUCGGUAACAGGACACAAGAUGUUAGCCUUCAUCUUUUUCGUGGCUACCGUCGCUGCGAGUGCUGUGAGAUCUUACUACGACAUGACGGAGUUGUGCCGGUGCCGCCCACUGUAUCACGGGAUGACGCCUCAUCGGCACCGCGUCGGGGUCGUCGCCCACCAUCUGCGGCGGCUCCGCCAGCUGCGCCAUUGCGGCAGCGCUCGUCACGCAUGUCCGAUCCAUUCGCGGCACCUCGGGCGAUGUCCUCCUACUGGUACCCGUACCACAGCGAACCGCCUUCGCACCGCCGGCCCUCAGCGCGCGGUAGUGAGGAAGGGGACAGUGUUCGUGGACAUGUGAGGGACGAAGCGGGAGCAGGGGGGGCGCUUGAUCUCGACGCGGACGACCACUUGCUUCUCAUCCAGCUCCUGCGCGGCAUAGCGAAGGACAUCCGUGCGGGGCAGAAGGGUGCGGAAGAGUCAACCACACAAGAUACGGCAAGCCGCGCCACUUGCGGUGCAUCCGACUGCGGCGUCGAGGCCUUGCUGCGAGCAUUGCGGGAGGAUUUGCACAUGGACGAUGCGACCUAUGCGGAGCUGCUGCGCGUGCUUUAUGGAAGGGGCCGGAGCCCAGUGUCGGGGUCAUCCGCCGCUUCUGCGGCAGUGCCCACACGCACAGCUACACUCUUUCCGUACAACAUUCCGCACUCCCCGUUUGCGCCCCCGCCGCAUCAUGCCGCAGAACGCUGCGAUGUGGCUGUGGCGACGGAGGCUGCGACUGUGGAGGCCCUACAAAGAGGGAUCGACGAGCUCUGUAUUCUGGAGGAGGGUUGCCGUCGCGCCAACUUGUGGGCAGAGCUGCUAAUGCGCCAGGAGCUGCAGGUGAGGUUGUGCAGCGACGCCGAGGAGUGCGCCAGGGUCGAGAUGGGGUUCGCUGAGCAGUUGAAGCGGUCUAACUGGAUACAGAUAUGGAUCAUGCGUUGUGCGGCGCUGGCUAGUGCAGCAAGUGACGCAACGCCGAUAAAAGUGGACAUGGCUAAGGUGGGCGGUGGCGACAUUGGGGGAAUGCUGUCUGCACCACCGUCAAGGGUCGAACAGCUCUCAGCCCCAACAGAGGAUGCGCUGGCUAAGACUUCUGUGACUGGGGACGCCCCUGAGUCCAUGGCGCCGCCUCCACUGGACACCGACCUGCCCGUCGAGAAGAACGUUGGCGAGGCUGCUGCACCGCCGGCUGAAGACGAGUCGGUGGCUGAUGAGCACGCUCACGACGAGGACGGCAAACAUCUGCUACCGUUUCCUGCCUUCGAUGUCGACGGCAACGUACCGAGAAUCAUUCCGCCGAUGUCGAAGUUGCCGUCCAUCUGCGCAUCUUCAGCGACCCUGGAGCGACUCGGCAACGGUGCUGGUGUUCCGAACGAGCUCCAUGAAUGGGAUGAGGAGCAGCAACCACAGAGCUUCGCAGGGCCUAGUGAUGCGGUGCUAACGGUGCCCGAGCAUGUAGGUGGCAUACCAAUACGUGGGGAAGACGAGCUGGAGGACAACUCCAGGGAGGUCAUUGUCUCACUAGCGGGCGUGGCGUCGUUGCCAACGGUGGCGUCAUUACCGACAGCCAAAGGCACGGCGGCCGAUGCCAAGUCGGAUGUGCAGCCCCAAUCCGCAGCACCCCCAGCGCUUUCUGCCUCGGAGCCGAUGAGUACCCAUGAUGUGCAGAUGGCUGUGAUGGCGCUGCGGGAAACCGGCGAUCUGUCGCCGUCGGCGAACACACCAAGUGUCUCACAGGGGGGGAGCAGGCCCGAGACCCCUCUCGAAGAGACCGUGGCGGUCGAGUCAGCCUCUGCGGUUAAGAAUGCGUCUGGGAGCGCCUCUAGCAGCGAGGACGAGGCCACGGAGGAGCCGACAGAGCUGCAAAGCACAGCGACCACUACAGCAGCUCUAGACGCCACACAGCUGCCCUCUGACACACUCUGCCGUGCAGCUGGCGCUGCAGUCACGGAGAGUUUCCUCUCGGCGAAUCCCUCAAGAGAGCGCGCCAGCCCAGGUACUCCUCUGGAGGUCCGCGCCAACGGGACUGGCGCACCGGCGCGGACCGUGUCCUCAAGUCAAGAGCAGAGUCUCAGCACCCCGCAGGAUGCCACAGUGGACUAUGUGCAGCAGAGGAGCCUCAUCACUAGCGCGGCGGACGCUCAGAAGUCUGUGGCACUGGCUGCUGCAUCGUCUGUGUUUCUGGCGAAGAAGCGACGCGAGCAUCCGGCAAAGCACCACCAUGGAGGUUUGAUCACCGCCAUGGAACUGGAUGAGGAUGGCGAACUCGUGGAGGGCGAAGGGAGUCAGGGACUGAGUGCACUUGGCGCCACUGUUGCGACUACUGCUACCGCCGGUAUGGGGAAGUUUCAGGAGGAAUAUGCGGCUGACGAGUCGCACUGGAGGGCGCAUCCACAGCACGUUCCGUGCCCGCUGCCUCCUCCCGCUAGCGCAAGUACAGAGAUGGAUCACAUCGAAAGACGGCCUUCGAUCAACGUCCACGUAGCCUACGGAAAGGCCCAAGGGGAGGGGGAAGAGCUGCAAGGGCUGCCCAUGAUGAAGGGCGAGGAGGACUGUGCUUUGCAGCGGUUGCUGCCUCCGCAGGUCAGCGCGGGCAACGCAGCCGAUGCGGGAAUCCGGCAGCCAACACCCCAGGCGCACAGCAGCGUAGCGACUGCCGAGGACUCGCAUGCGUCUCCACCUGCUUCUUCGCAUCUACAACAAACUGGCGCACAGACGGAGAGGUCUGUUUCGGUGCUCGGAGAAGAUCACGUGACCGAUUUCGUCGAAUCCCCAACGGACAACCGGCACUUCAUGAGCCCUCUCGUUACCCGAGGCGAGAACGACUCUCCGAAUGUGGUGCCCGCGGAGGCCAACCUUGAGGUGGACGAGGACGGGGACGAUGGACGGGCGGCUUACGGCGCGUAUGGGAGACAGAAGCUGCUUAAGCAUGGGGUGUCACGUCCGGAUCCCUUGCAGCACCUGCUACCACCGCCGGCGCUGCGUCACUGCUCCACGCCGGCGUUCUUCUUAUCCCUCUUCAGUACACACCUGCGAGAACCCACGACCGAGGGGGAUGAGAAGGCGCCAGAUAUCGGCGUCGCCAGGGACGACCACAGCUGCGCAAGGGAUGAGGAAGCAUCAUAUGAACAAGGGGGCGACAGGGCUGUGGUGGAGGAGGGAACUCCGCGGAAGCGCGUAGAGGUGGAGAAGCGCAAAGACGUCACGGGUUUUCUGCUUUUGGAUGUAGUGCAUCCAUCUCACUGCUGA